CUUUUAUUUUGGCCAUCCAUCCAUGUUGGUCCAAAUUUCAAUCUGGACUUCGGUGAAGGAGGCUUUGCGACAAUGUGGUCAGAUUUAUAAAUGCAUUCAAUGUUAUCGAAAUUCUCAGGCAGCGAAAACCAUUAAAACCACUGAUUUCAUUUCAUCCGAGAAGUGCAUGUUCGUUUUGGUUGAAGCUGACUUCGCUAAAUAAACCAAGAAUGGGGUUUGAGCCGUUUGUUUGGUAUUGUCGUCCAAUUGUUGCUGGUGUUUGGACAAAUGCAGUGGAAAAUGCUUUUGGCGCAUACACACCAUGUGUCAUUGACUCACUGGUGGUUGCUAUUUCUCACCUGCUUGUUCUAGGUCUAUGUAUCUACAGAAUAUGGCUGAUGAAGAAGAAUUUUACAGUACAGAGGUUUUGUUUGAAGUCAAAGAUAUACAAUUAUGUGCUGUGUUUGUUGGCUGCUUACUGUGCGUUUGUGCCUUUAUACAAAUUGAUCAUGGGAAUUUCAGUCUUAAAUUUAGAUGGGCAGACCGCACUUGCUCCAUUCGAGGUUGUUGCCCUUAUAAUUCAGGCCCUUACUUGGUCCUCAAUGGUUGUAAUGCUUCUUGUAGAAGCCAAAGUUUAUGUUUUUGAAUUUCGAUGGAUCACCAGAUUUGGAGUUGUUUAUAUAUUAGUAGCGGACGGUGUAAUGCUCAACCUAAUUCUUUCUGUGAAGGAUUUGUACAAGAGAUAUGUGCUAUAUUUGUAUAUCAGUGAAGUCUUCUUCCAGGCUUUAUUUGGUGUUCUCUUGCUCCCAUAUAUGCCUAACUUGGAUCACUAUCCUGGUCAUACCCCUCUACAUAGUGAAUUUGUUGAUGCUGCUGAAUUCGAAAGACUUCCCGAAGGAGAACAUAUAUGCCCUGAGCGUCAUGUGAACUUUUUUUCCAACUUCAAAAUUUCUGGCUCAAGCGUGCCUUUUGUGCGAGGUACCUUGGAUUCCUAUCAAGAUGAUGACCAAAACAACAAAUAUGAUUCCGAUGGUGACUCUAUUGCCAGUGCUAGCUUUGAAGAACUAGAAAAAUCAGAAGCAGAGAACUUCCAGGAGGGAGAAGAGACUUAUCGUAGAUAUGGCAGUGAUCUUCAGUGCCUUUUUCAAUCAGGAGAAGGUCAAUUAAUAGGUAGUACUGGUGUCUCAUCCAUUCAACCUAUUGACAAGAAGGAAAUUCCACAAAACCUGGUAUCAGUGGUUGAAGAUUGUGAUUUAAUCCUUGGUUGAAAUCCAGUGUCAGGGAUCCAUUCUCAUUUUGUCCGAGCAUGAAGAUACUUUCAUGGAAUACAAGAGGCUUAGGAGAUGACUCCAAAAGAUUGGCUUUGAGAAGUUUAAAGAAAAUAAAUCUGGAUUUGGCCUUAAUUCAAGAAACAAAGUGGGAUACAUUUGAUGCAGACUUUAUCAAAGAGUUAUGGAGCUCGAAACCCAUUGGAUGGGCCUUUGUUGAAGCAUUUGGAAAAUCUGGAGGAAUUCUAACUAUGUGGGAUGAAAGCAAAAUUUCUGUUACUGAGGUGUUGAAAGGUUAUUCUCUAUCCGUUAAAUGCUUGACUAUAUAUAAGAAUUCUUGUUGGAUCACAAAUGUAUAGGAACCCACUGAUCAUAGAGAAAGGAAGUUUACAUGGCAAGAACUGCUCUCACUCUCAGAUUACUGUGAAGAACCCUGGUGUAUUGGAGAUUUCAACAUCACUAGAAAAAUUCAAGAAUGUUUUCCUUUGGGGAGAUUAACAAGAGAAAUGAGAAAAUUUAUAACUUGGUUGCUGCAGUAAAACUAAUGGAAAUCCCACUUAACAAUGGUCAUUUUACGUGGUCACGCGAAGGAAAUGUCGUAUGACGUUCUCUUCUUGAUAGAUUCUAAUUUCUAAUAAUUGGGAUGGGAUAUUUGCAAACACCAGAGUUGCACGUCAAGCACACUUUUUUUGACCACUCUCAUAUCUUGCUUGAAGCUGGUUCCUUUAAGUGGGGACCUUCUCCUUUCAGGUUUUGUAACAGCUGGCUGGACAUAAGAGAAAUCUGCCAUGUAAUUGAACCAGCAUUGAUUUUUGAAGAGCAACAAGGCUGGGCUGGUUUUGUUAUUUCCACUAAGCUGUGAAAAAUCAAGGCUGCCUUGAAGACAUGAAAUGCAGAUUUUUGAAAGAAAAAAGAAAAAUACAGAAGAAUCAUUGCUAAAAGAAAUUGAAAAGUGUGAUCUAGAAGCCAAGAAUUCAGAAAGAUUCAUCUUGGAAAGGGAUUUGAGACUCUCUUUGAAGGCUGAAUUUUAUCACUUUACCGAAUAGAUGAAAGAAACCUAAGGCAGAAAAGCAAGCUAUGGCUUAAUUUGGGAGAUGAAAAUUCCAAGUUUUUCCACUGUUUCUUAGCAGCAAAGAAAAGGAGAAACUUGAUUUCAGAGUUGUUUAACGACCAAGGUUCACCAACAAGAUCAUUCAAGGAAAUCGAGGAUCUAUAUUGGGCUUCUACACCUCUUCUCUAAAUCACCAGGCAUUGGGGCUCUUCCUCUGAAUUUGCAAUGGCCUACUGUUACUCAAAAUCAGAAUAAUACGCUGGUUGCCAGAUUUACACAUGAGGAAAUUAGAAUUGCUUUAAAGAUGUUGGGAAAUGUUAUAAUUCUAUUGUUAGGGUUUUCCAUUCUUGUAAAUAUUUUGUUAUAUUUUUCUUUUCUAUGCUUUGUAAACUUGUAUAUAUUCAUAUCUUUAGUGAAUAAAUAGAGCAUUCUGAUUCUCUCUCAAACCUAAGAGUUUGGUAUCAGAGCCCUCUUAACAAACUUAGGUUUUGUGAACCUUAGGGUUUGAGAAUUUAGAACCCGUUUGUGUUACAUCUAGGGUUUGGUGGAGAGGUGAGUUUACACUUUUGCUCACAGUCGCCGUAGCUAUCAGCCGCCGCCGCUGCCGGAAAAAAAGGCUAGUUUUUCGACACCGCACAGUCCGUCGAGCAGGCUCAGCCGCUGAUCUACAAAACCCGAAAGUCCGGAUUCCAUCUGACCAGUGCGUGAUGCUCAUGCGCCAUUUGUUCCAUUCUGUCAUUGCAUGUGCCAUCUGUUUUGGUUCGUCUUGGGUUUCCUCAGUUUUGUUGACUCUUCUUGGUGAUGUGUUUGUUUGGGAUAUAUAGAUAUACUCACUGCUUGUAAAGACAUCUCUUCGAUAAAUUAGGGUUUGAUCUCUGUUGUCCGAUGUCUACUUUUUUAGGUAAUGGCUGAUAAGAAACCAGUAGUCAUGCUUGAGAUUGUUCCUAUAGUGUCAAAAGUAACUGAACACAAGUUGAAUGGAUCCAACUAGGAAUCAUGGAGAUUAAAUGUUCUCCACUUUAUUAGGAACAUGGAGAUGAAUGAUCAAAUCACAGAAGAGCCACCGAUUGAUGCUAAUAAAAAGAUUUGGUGGCGGGUGAUGGUGUGGGAAAUGGAGGUAAAUAAAUAUGCGUUUUUUGUGUAUUCUCCAUGCGUCGCAGGCCAAGCGUUGGACUAAGGAAUAUGCAAUAUGCGUUUGAUG